ACUCCGAGAUCCCACCCUUCUCAUCACCUUUUUGCGGUUGAUCCCACCACGGCCCCUUCUUUCACCUCCCGCUCACCCAGGAUGGCUGGUUUUCCAUCUGAACCAUUGCAACACCGUCUUCACUCCAGCCGCCGACGUGUCUGUCGCCGUUUCGCACGCCAGCCGAGACCAUGGAGCAGAUCGAGACGCAGGUCAGCGACCUUCGCUACUUGACAGAGGCGCCUGUCUCAUUGCCUGCCGACCGACUGGGUCGCGGCCUCGGCGGCGUGGCCUUCGGCGCAGCUCUACCUAACCAAUCGUCAGCAGCCGCAACGGCACCAGCAGCACCGGCGCCAGCAUCAGCGCCAGCAUCAGCAGCCUUACCAGGCCGAUCCAAUGCUAGCACGACCACGCGCUCAGGCCUUUCCGCGAUCCCCGGAGACAAUUCCGCCUUUCACAUGACAGCCUCGCAGACAACAUCAGAUGCCGCUAUUCGCAGCACAGGAGGGGGAAGCAACAAGAGAAAGUCCGAAGACGAGGGGUCUGGAGCAAGGCAACAGAGGAGCAAGCGCAAUCGAUACAUCUCCAUCGCAUGUAACGAAUGCAAGAGACGAAAGAUCAAGUGCAAUGGCGAAACACCGUGCCAACGAUGCGGCAACCUCAACCUCGCCUGUCUCUAUGCGCCCAACUGUUGCUCCAAUUCCUUCAAAGAGUCGGACGAGUACAGGCGCAUGACGGACCAGUUGACUCGGCUGCAGGAGCAGAUUGACGUCCUCUACCAUGGCCUGGCCUCUCUACGUUCCGAAACGCUCUCCCUCGCUCCGAUUCGGGACAGAAACCUGCCUCCCCCCUCCGGCAGUUUCGCUGGGUCCCCGGCAAGCACGUCGUCCUAUUCACACUCCCAUCGCCCCGAAAUAACCCACGCCAGAUUCCCCUCGUUCCGCGGACCGACAACCACUGCUUUCAGCCUCGACAUCGCGAACAAUACCAUCAAUACCAUGGGCUAUCGAAAUCUCACAGAAGGGGACGAAGUUCAUGGCGCAUCGUCCGAUAAUGUCGGCGCCGGUGCGAAUGUGCGCUUCCCUCCUGAUACGACGACAGAUCCGCUCUGGGAAUACGGCAGGGACGAAAUGAUCCGCCUCUGUCGCGUACACGAAGACGAGCUGGGAAUCAUGUAUCCGGUCCUGAGGGUGGACUCGGUCAUCGAACAUGCCAGGAAAUUGACGGCCGUCAUGGAAAGGGCGAGGAUCCAGGGGACGGCACCGCCCGGUCUCGACGACGACAGUACGCUGCAGCUUAAAAUGGUCAUGUGCUGUGCGCUCGCCGUCGAGGGACACGGGCACAGCGAGCGGGCCGCCAAGCUGUACGACAGCAUGGAGUCCAUUAUCAACAGGAAGCUCAUGGCCGAGCCCUGCGACGUCAAGAGCCUCCCCGUCCUGGCGGUGUUGGCCGGCUACAGGUUCGUGUCCAAUAACGAGGUCCUCGCUUGGAGAGUGGUCGGCCAGGUGGCCAGGUUAUGUCUAGAAUCCGGGAUCCACCAAAGAGCUGGCCUCAUGAAGAUCGAAAACGACGAAGAACGGAGAAAUGCUCUCCAUUGCUUCUGGUCGGCGUACGUGUUAGAUCGGCGAUGGGCCUUCGCCACAGGUCUUCCUUACACCGUUCAGGACGAGGAUCUAGAUCCCGAACUCCCCAUGCCGGAAGAGUAUCCCUUCCUCGUGGCGAUGAUAUCCUACUCCAGAUUGUCUGCCAAGGUAUGGCGGCAAGUGGCUCACUCCGGCCCCGUACUGGCGCGGGAGCAUCGGCAACAAGACUUGGAACAGCUGGACCGAGAGAUCAUACAGUGGUAUGACCGCGUUCCCGAGGAGGUGAAGCUACGCCGCUGGGACAAGGAGAACCCGUUAAUCUCCACACCCUCGUACAACCUCCAACGACUACGCGUCUGGACCUACCUUCGUCUGAACCAGAUUCGUACCUGGCUCUACACGCCGAUUCUCUACAGUGCCACAAGCAUUAUGGGAAACCUGCAACAGGCGCAGCUCGUCGUCGACCUAGCCAAGGACACCAUCCGGUACCUGAGCCACCUGAACACUACGACGAAUUUCUACCGCAAACUCCAAGUCUUCUACCAUCAAUUCCUGAGCUCGGCCAUCGCCGUCUUAUUCCUGGCUUCGGUACACGCGCCCGUGGAGUUCAGCUCGGCGUGCCGGAAGGAGUUCUACCUGGGCUUGGAGCUGGUCAAGGACCUGUCUGCCAAGAGCUGGGUGUCCCAACGGCUGUGGCGGACCAUUAGCGCGCUGAAAGAGGUUGCUCCGCGCAUCGGGCUCAGGCAGCAUGAAGACGACGAUGCGCACGGCACGCCGGCUCUCACGAUGGCGGGCCUUGCCACGGGACGCCAUGGCGCGAACAGUCCCGCGUCCAUCAGUCCCUUCGGCCGAGGGUCCGUGGUGUCGACGCCCGGCGCAGGCCCGCCGCAGCAGAGCACCCCGCGGAUGGACAGGUUGCCGUCGCCCGACAACGGCGUCCGUCUCCAGAGCGAGAUGAGCCGGAUAUACGAGGGGUACGUAGGCGUCCAGAGCCUGGCGUCCGACCAGGACGGCGGGGGCACGGUCACCGGGGGCAUUCGGACCCCCAACUCGGCUGGCGGUCCUGGCAACCCGUUUACGUCUGCCGAUGCCACUGUGUUUCAACACUUCAGGGAGAUGUUCUAGGUUCCCAACGAUUGAAGAUGGCUUAUAUGUCUAUUGAGUCUUCUGCCGAUUUGGACUGCUAGCUUGGGAUGACGCUCGCUCGAUUCGUCUGACCUUGACGGGACUGGAGUGCAGAAGAGUCAUGACGAGGAAGAGAUAGUCCCUUCCAGGGCUCGGGACUCUUCCCACCCAAGAACCAGAAGAUUGAAGUCGACACGCCAGUGCAGUUCAGUAAGUACACGCUUGGUCCUCCGAGUCCCGUCAAUCAGCCGACUCGUGAUAUAUUCCCGGGCUUAAAACAUUCCACACGUUGUCGUGACUCCAGUUGACAUUGAGAUAGUACCUACCGGAUUUCCCUCUUUUGUCUGUGGCUUAUUCUUCCCCAGACAUC